AUGCUCUGGAGCAUGGUUUCAUUCAUUCUUGCCGUGGCUGGUGCCACAGCCUUUGUAACACAGACACUCGCUCAUGUAAUUCCAGAGGGCAGGACAGAUUCUAGGGGUGUCUUGACUCCUGAUCGCGUCCGCCGUGACCUCACCCCCAGACAGUCCGCAAGUGCCACCGCAUCCAGUACAGCUGGCUCGGCCGGGUCAGGUCUGGAGAUCACGAUCACCAACAGCGCCUCGGACAAGAUGUACGCCUACAUCAUGGGUGAGGACUACAACAACGGGAAGAAGGUCUUCUACCAGAACGGUGCCAACACCUGGUACUACCCAACCUACUCAGGAGCGAGUAACGGGACGGCCAGCAAGAACGGCGCGGUCGACUCCGCCUCGAAUAAUCUCGCCAUCGAGAUCGAGGGGAACAGCGACACAACGAUCACCAUGUCCGAAUACCUCAACUCUGGGCGCGUAUACAUCGGCGCCGCGGAGAUGACCUUUAUGCAGGACCCCUCAGGCAACCUGGUCGAGCCGUCACCAGUUGAUACGUCAGACGCCAACUAUGGAUUCGCCUGGGGUAUCGUUGAGCUAGCAUGGUCGAACGUCGAGCUCGCUGCCGAUCUCUCAUACGUCGACUCGGUCGGCCUGGCCCUCGGGAUGAAGGUGACGACAACCGAUGGCGAGGAGUUAUACGACGCCGGCCUGCCUGCUGGGUCACUGAAGAAAGUCUGCGACGAGCUAGCAGCCGUGGGCGACGAGUGGGGCGAUAUGUGUGUGAAAGACAGUGACGGCAACCUGAUCCGCGCCCUGGCACCGUCCAAGUACAUCAGUGGCAGCACAGGCAACCUGAGCACGUUCUACGACUCCUAUAUCGACGAGGUGUGGGAGAAAUACGCGACGGCCGAGCUGACCAUCAACACGCAAGAGAGCACUUGGGGUCCCAACGUGACCUGCAAGGUGUCGUCGGGGGGCGACAGCGCCAUGGUGUGCACGCAGCCCGACGGCGCGACGUACAACUACAACAAGCCCACGACGGCAGACGUGCUGGGGUGCAACAGCGGGCCCUUCACGAGCCAGGGCGACAACGCCUACCAGUCGCGCACGUGGCCGCGGCUGUGCGCCGCCUUCACGCGGUCGACGCUGCUGCUGGACGGCGGCGACGUCACGCCCAGCUCGCAGGUCGGUGCCGCGCAGUACUACACGACCGACGUCACGAACCACUUCUCCCGCAUCGUGCACGAGGUGGUGACGCCCGGCGAGGUGGGCACGGGGGCGUAUGCUUUUGCGUUUGAUGAUGUGAAUGCGCCUGGUACGGGGGAGAACGAGUCUGGCAUGUUUCAGGAUGGGAAUCCCAAGUCGAUUGAGAUUGAGGUCCGCGGCACUUGA